AUGUUCAGACGAACAUACCUGCUUCUCCUCGUGGUUCGCAUCUACUUUGCCUUCUCACCCAGCUAUCUCCACCCAGAUGAGAACUUCCAGGGCCCGGAGAUUUUUGCUGGCCAAAUCUUCAACUAUCCUUCCAAGCCAACCUGGGAAUUUACCUCAGACCGUCCUAUUCGGAGCGUUUUCCCGCUAUGGCUUUUCUACGGCGUACCCAUGACGCUCCUGAAGUGGCUAUGGGCGGAAGAUGGGACUGGAAAUACUCCGCCGGAACUGAUAUACUAUGUCCUGCGCGGGAGCAUGUUUGUUCUGAGCUUUGUUAUGGAGGACUGGGCGAUCCAUGAACUGGUGGCAUCAUCUUCACGACUCCGUCGCCAGACAGUCGUCCUGGUGGCAUCCUCCUAUGUUACCUGGACUUUCCAGACACAUACCUUCUCGAAUUCGUUGGAGACGUUGCUUGUCGUGUGGAGCUUAGUUUUGAUACAACGCAUUCUCGAAAACAAGCAAAAUUCCUCUAUCUUCGCAUGUGUGGUCUUAUCCUUCCUGCUCGUCGCGGGGGUUUUUAAUAGAAUAACUUUUCCAGCAUUUGUUUUGAUACCCGGCCUUCGAUUGGUCCCCCAUUUCCUUCGCAAACCGCUUUCGCUUCUAACAGUCAUUGUUUUCGGCCUCAUAUCUUGCUUCAUCGCGAUCUUCAUAGACACAAAUUUCUACAGCGCAUCCGUAACAUCCCUUUCCGAUGUUUUCCACAACCCAAUCAUUACGCCCCUCAACAACCUGUUCUACAACUCCGACGUUUCAAACCUCGCUAACCAUGGCCUCCAUCCGCGCUACAAUCACUUCCUUGUCAACCUACCCCAACUCCUUGGUCCCAUCUACCUCCUCUUACUCUACUCCUUCAUAUCCUCAAGUGUCCGCUCGUUCUUCUCCCUCCGGAACCUCCGCGCCAUCUCAGCCCUUUCAGCAACAGUUCUCCUCUCCAUUUUUCCCCACCAAGAACCCCGCUUCCUCAUCCCCUGCGUUGCCCUUCUCCUAACCUGUUUUCGUCCCCCACGCUCCCGCUUCUUCUUAGCAUCCUGGGUCCUCUUCAACGCCGCUCUAGGUAUCCUCAUGGGCAUCUAUCACCAAGGCGGGGUGAUCCCAACACAACUCAACCUCCCCACCCUCCUCGCCAACUCAACCGCGCCGCUGACUUCCUCCCCGGGAUCAGGGGGGAUGAAUUCUAAACCAGACGACCCAAUGCCAAUGCGAAUGCCCAGCGGCACCGCCACCGCUUUCUGGUGGAAAACCUAUUCCCCACCCUCUUGGAUGCUAGGUGAUCUGAGCAAUACUAGCGUCCCACAUCUUACUUUCUCCAGCAUCUCCACCAUUGACCUGAUGGGUAUUCCUGGCCCGGAGAUGAUGGAGAGACUCGAACGGUCUGUCCCGAAAUGCGAGAGCGAUCGCAGGCCAAAACACGGCAAGCCUGCUGCCAAGCGUAACCACCAGCACCAACAGCUGGAUCCCAAUGCGGGUAAUGAUGAUAGCGCAGUGAACAGUAACAAUAAUUAUAAUAAUAAAGUCACAAUCCAACACGACAACCCAACCCUCCUCAUCGCGCCGAACUCGAAUACGUUUCUGGAUAGAUAUGUUGCUGUCCGUACUGGUUCUGCGUCCGCUGCAGAUGCGGAUGCGGUUGCAGACAGGACAAAUGAGAACGAGGAAAAGGAUAGGGGAAGCCUGCACUCCUUGCAACUGCACCUCCUUUGGUCAUAUGCGCGCCAUUUGAAUCUAGAUGAUAUGGAUUUUGGCGAGGAUGGAGUGUGGCCGACGCUGAAGCGGGUAGUGGGGAGGAGGGGUUUGAAUGUUUGGUUGGUGCGGAGGCGAGGAUGUUUGGAUGGAAACUGA